GGAAAUGCUUUGAAAAAUUCCAUUGUUCCUAUUCUGUACAUUGGUAGCAAAAACGUAAAAUAAUUUAGUGUAUUUUAAACUUUUUUUAACAUUUAUUUAUUUUUGAGACAGAGAGAGAGCAUGAACAGGGGAGGGGCAGAGAGAGAGGGAGACACAGAAUCUGAAACAGGCUCCAGGCUCUGAGCUGUCAGCACAGAGCCCGACGCGGGGCUUGAACUCACGGACUGUGAGAUCAUGACCUGAGCCGAAGUCGGACGCUUAACUGACCAAGCCACCCAGGCGCCCCAAUUUAGUGUAUUUUAAAGAUGAACUUGUGGGGCACCAGGGUGGCUCAAGUCAGUUGAGCAUUGGCUCAGGUCAUGAUCUUGUGGUUCGUGAGUUCGAGCCCCACAUCGGGCUCACUGCUGUCAGCCUGUCAGCACAGAGCCUGCUUCAGAUCCUCUGUCCCCUUCUCCCUCCCCUCCCCUGCUGGUGCUCUCCCAAAAAAUUAGAUAUUUUAAUGAUGAACUUGUGCUUUGACUUUACUUAUGUUUCUUAAAAAUUAUGUGCACUGAGUUACCUAUGAUAUAAUACAUGUUCAUUUUUUGCUUUACAUUUACAUUUAUUCAGGUAGUGAGUUUUAUAAUUUAUUAGGUCUAUAAGGUAAAAAUUUUAGUUAGAUAUAGACUUUAAAAAUGUAUUGUCAGUUGAUUAGCUGCUUUAUACUUUUUAUUGAAUAUCAUUUACCCAUAAAAUGUCAACUUAUGGAAAAAUUUAGAAAUAAGUGACAACUGAGCACCAUUUUCCUGAACAGUGGGGAGGAAACUAUCAUGAAAACACUACUAACAAGGCCAUUUUUGUCUUUCCUAAGAAUUAAAUUGUGACAUAUACACUAACUGGUCCAAUGUGUUACAGUUCUAGCUGUUGCCAAGCAACAAGGACUCUCUUUUGUUCUAUUAUUUUCUGUCCUCAUCCCUUACUGCCCUAUCUACUUCUUUUGGUAGGGAAAAAAUAUCUACCUUAAAAAAAAAAAAAGAAGAAGAAAACCUACUCUAUCAACAUUUAGAAAACCAAAUCAACAACUUUAGGUUAGAUUAACCAAUCCUCAAUUAUUGGAAAUAGUAAGUUUUAUAGUAAAAGAGAAAGGCGUCAUCAGAAGAGCUUCAUUUACAGUCAGCCAAAAUUCUAAAGAGCGUGGAUAUGGAUUCACAGUGCACACCCAGAAAGAUCAGUAUUUCUGAAAGGUCCAUCCUUCCAGGAGCAAAGGCUGUUGAGAACGUGGAUUACCCGCACUACUGCGAUCUCUUAAGAAAAAUGAACAUGCCUUUUGUGAAAGGCGUCGAGGACAGACAUGACCAUGGCAGAAUUGAAAAGAAAUGCAAUCCUACUUUUCUUAAGUUUCACCCUUAUCCCCCUUCAGUCAUGCCAGACUAUCAUUUACACUAUCCUUAUCCCCCGCCAUAUGGGCAAGAUUAUCCACUAUUUCCACUUCGGGAUGAUGUGCCCUUGGGUGAUCCCUGUUCAGGGUUUUUGAGUCCUGGUGGUGAUGCUGAUUUAAAACCUGGCAUUGGCAGAACCAUACCAAACCUGGUGGAUUUCAGUGACGUGAAACCGCAGCAUCGAGUUCCCAGGCCAGACACAGGAUUUCAAACAACACUGAAAAGGCAAACAAUUUUAUUAGAAGAACUAAAACAAGACAGGAGAUGGGAUUCCAGGGCAACACCGGACAUUUCCAUCAGAGCAAGACUUGGAGGUUGGACAAGCCCACUGAAAGUUACUCCUUUACCACCUCAUCACGAAGCGUGCUCAAUAAAUCACACAUAUGUAUUUGAUGAAGAACCAACAUGCACGGAGGAUGGAGAAUCACUUUUACAGCCAAACAGGAAAUAUAACGCGAAGGACUCAUUUUACAAGUCCUCAACACAAAAAGCUUAUGAAGUUGUUCCUUGGGAUAAGAUGCUACCACCGAAACUUGAUCCAGAAGAAACAACAGUGGAAAAAGCUGCUGACCCGAUUUCACGGUGCUUUACAUGGAAAAGAUAUGAAGGGGUACCAGCAAUAACCCAGAUGGUUGGUGGACUCUGGGACAGAUUUCAAACAAGAUCUUUCUUGGCACCCAUCAAGCCAGUGACUUUUGUGAGUCCAAGUUCCAGAAGCAAAUACAUCCCUCUUUAUACGGGUUGUGUGCAGUCUACAAAUGCUGAUGAUGUUGACAACCCCUUUGGAGACAUCACAUCUCUCGCCAAGCCUCGGGGCUCCAGGAUUCUUUAUACAAACACAAGUCGAUGAGGAGGCCGAGGCCUGAGUGCAGGAUGUGACAAAGCCGCAGGUCAGUCAUCUCGGGAGGGGCCAAGAGCAGAUCCUUCUCACCCCCCACCCUCCGGGGCGAGCUGGGGGGGGGGGGCCCUUCUUCCCACAAGGACACGCCCUCUGCCUCCGGGGAAGUAGCGGUUCCGGGGCUCCAGCCUGCGGACAAACGAAGCCUUCCGGCUGUUUCUGUGUCUGCUUCCAUUUGGAGAGAUUCGAAGACCAGAGAAAGAACAAGUAUAGGCACUUGACGAGGAUAAUGAUAAAACUACAGUUGCUGAACAGAUCUUGGGGCCAUGACGUGUUACGCUCUGAGAAACACGGCCCCGUGACCAAAAUGAUCCUGGUCCUGCAGCCGCCUUCUCUCAGCCCUCCCUGAGGGCCCAGCCUUGACCCUGCCCAGCCCCUGCCCCUCCGGCUGCACCGUGCCCCGCCCCCUACAGGGGAGCUACAGUCCCCUGACCACAGCACAGUGUGGCUCAGAGAGCUUCAGUUCAGUGGUCCAAGGUCACAUGGCUGGGAGGGGCGGCCCCGAAGUUCACGGCCAGCCUCUCUGACCUCUGACCCUGUGCUGCCUUCUGUCUCCCUCUCACACACACCACCACCCCCGCCUUACUUUUCAUCAGUGGUCUUUGCCCCACUCGGGUUUUUCCAACCUCUACAUGUGCAUUAAAAGUGUUCUCAUUGAUGCGAAAGCCGUCAGCAAUGGGCCUGGUUGAUUUCUGCCUGGAUAUGUGCCUGACACAGAACGGCUCUCACGGCAAGAUUGUCGGAUCGAUUUGAACUUGAACGUGCACCCACACCCUGAAUAAAUGCCCAGCAGUGGAAGGUAGCCGAGCUCUCCUGCCUGGGCUGGGGGCCCUGGGUGUGAGGGCACGGGGGCAUCUCCCAGCAAUCCGUCCGGGGCUCCUGGGUCCAGCCGGUUCUGCCACCUGCUACGACACAGGACUUAGACUUUCUCUAAAACCUCACUUUCAGCAUCCAUACGAUAGGCAUGAUCCUUAGGAUCCACAACGCAGGGUCUGGCGAGAAUUAAGUCCAUUUGCACAAGCGUUUAAAACAGUGGCUGGGACACAGCGCACGCUCGCAGGGCUUUGGUCCUGUCUGUGGACAGGGAAGAAGCUGUCUGCGCGCUGAAAUCCCAACCCACAUACACCCUGCCUGUGUGCCACAUACAACAUGCUGUCCCGCGUUUUCUUUAUUUCCUGUUUAACUUUUAAUUACACACCAUCUGUGCUUCCUUUUCUAAGAGGCUCACUAAAUUCCUUACGUUCUAAAAUUAUUUAAUUUGUAUUUUAUCAUGCCAGGUUGAGCCAAAGCAGUUAGUUGCAAACUUAGGCAAUAAUUUCUUCACAUGUGCCUGUUAAUGGACAAAAUCCAGGCUUAUUCCGGGGUACGGAAGAAGGUGUUUAAAGGACCAGAAGUUGUGGAGAAAGACAAAAAAAAAUGACUUCUCUUAUUUUUAUUCUUUUUUUAUUUUUU